AUGCAUGACGAAAUAUUGGAUUCAACGUCGUCUGCAUCACCGAGUUUUUUUAGCUACCAAUCGAUCCCAACUCAAAGUGGUCACCAAUACAAGAGCCAAAGAGCAACAACGAAUGGAUCUCUCGCUCCGCCAUCAUUCUUUAGCUCCAUUCCUCAGGCUGACCUGGAAGAUGUUGGUACAAGGGUGGAGCCGACAAACCCUGACAUCAAGAACAUCAUGAUCACCGGUGGUGCAGGUUUCACCGGCAGCUUUUUGGCCAGAAAGCUUGUUGUUCUGUAUCCGGAAUAUAAUGUCAUGGUGGUAGAUAAGUUGGAUUAUUGUGGCAGCCUGAACAACUUGAAGGUUUUAAAAGACCUUCCGAACUACACUUUUAUAAAGGGUGAUAUCACCUCGUCCGACUUCGUGUUACCUAUCCUGCGAGAAAACAAGAUCGACACAAUCUUUCACCUUGCGGCCCAAACACACGUAGAUAAUUCCUUUGGAGAUUCACUCGAAUUUACCAAGAAUAACGUCAUGGGCACGCAUGUCAUGCUGGAAGCCGCAAGGUCACACGGGGUGAAAAGAUUUAUCUAUGCCAGUUCGGAUGAAGUUUACGGUGAAGUUGCAAGGACCAGCCCAGAUUGUCAUGAGGAAUCAAUAUUAGCUCCGUCAAAUCCUUAUUCGGCGACAAAGGCUGCUGCGGAAUGUCUGGUGAAGGCGUACCACAAGUCGUUUGGGCUGCCGGCGAUCAUCACAAGAAGUAAUAACAUCUAUGGUCCUUACCAAUAUCCCGAGAAGAUAUGCUCGAAAUUUAUUUGCAGUCUUAUUCGCCAGGGGAAGUGUUACAUUCACGGUGACGGAUCCAACUCUCGCAAUUAUCUAUAUGCAGGCGAUGUCGCCGACGCGUUGGACAUCAUCAUGCACGUGGGGAAAAUCGGCGAGACUUACAAUAUCGGUUCAACCUUCGAGAUUUCCAAUCUCGAUCUCGCGAGAGAAUUAAUAAGGCAAUUUGGAUACAACGAGGAUGAUCAUAUUGAAUUUGUGCAAGAUCGUGCGUUCAACGAUAAGCGGUAUGCCGUGGAUUAUCGUAAACUGAAGGAACUAGGGUGGAAACCGCGUAUGGGAUGGGAUGAAGGUUUACUAAAAACAAUUGCAUGGUAUAAAGAAAACUGUGAUAUAUGGUGGGGUGAUAUAUCUUAUGCUCUGAUGCCGCAUCCACUGAAGGGACCACCGUCGGCCAACUUUUCCCCACCGUGA